UCCCGAUUGACCUUCUCCUAGACCCACACGGCCCGCGUUUUCACGCCGUCGUCCGAGAAGAUUAUUAUGGCCUCCGCGACGGCGCCGAAGCACCGGCGGCGCGCCGUUCCCUUCAUGGCCGUCCUCCUCACGGCCAUGGCAAUGCGCGCCGCCGCCGCCGGGUGCGAGGGCGACAAAUUCCCCGCGGGCCGGAGCUACGCGCACUGCGCGGCGCUCCCCAAGCUCGGCGCCAGGCUGCACUGGACCCACGACGCGACGACGGGGUCCCUGUCCGUGGCGUUCGUGGCGCGGCCCGCGGGCGCGGGCGGCGCCGGGUGGGUGUCGUGGGCGGUCAACCCGACGGGGGACGGCAUGAAGGGCGCGCAGGCGCUGGUGGCGUUCCAGCCCUCCCCCGCCGCGCCCUACGCCGUCAACACCUACAACAUCACGGGGUACAAGCCGUUCGGGGCCCGCUCCACGCCCAUCGCGUUCCGGCCCACCGAACUUGCCGCCGACGCCGCGCCCGCCGCCGGGGAGGUGCGGCUCUACGGGAAGCUACAGCUGUCCCCCGGGACCCAGGUGGUCAACCACCUCUGGCAGGUGGGCUCCGCGGUCACCGCCGGCGCGCCCGCCAAGCACGCCUUCGACAAGGACAACCUCGAGGCCAAGGGCAAGCUCGCGCUCUCCGGCGCCGCGCUGGCGCCCGCGUCCGCGCCGGCCGUCGCCGGUGCAGGUGGCUCGGCGGCGGCUGAGCAGGGCGGGAGCGCGGGAGGAGGCGCGAAGCCAUCGUCGGCCAAGGCUGCCGCGGCUGCCGCGGCUGCCCCGGUGCUCAUGCUUCUCGCCUUAGCGGUGGGUUUCAUGGCAACCGUGUGAUUGGCAUACGGGGCAGGCAGUGGUUCUUGCCUUUGGUUGGUUACAGUUCACUGGUACACACUACACGCUAACACACGAUGUGUGUGGUGCGCAAGGGUUAGAGCGAGCAGAUGUGUGGUGUGUUCGGGCAGUGAGGGUGCUUUGGUGUGCGCGAUGUGGUUUCGAUCAUCCUUAGCCACGCGAGAGUUCAUAUUUGUUGCUAGGUGAUAUUUGUUUCUCGUUUGCAAUUUUGGCUGUAUGUUUGGGCAUCUGAUGAUUUACUGUAUUUGAUUAUCUCAUUGUUGAAUGACUAAAAAACUCUUGCUCU